AUGCAGGGCUUCCGUGAGCUCGAGAUCGCGGCGGCCGCGUCGAACGUCGACGUCCGGGCCCUGGCCUGCCGCGGCGUGGCCUCGGGCGGCGCGUUGAAAUUCCUCCUCGCCCCGCCCGCGGAUGCCGUGACGUUGCGCCCCGACUGGCCGGGCGUGCUCCGCAAUCUCAGCCUGCUCGACCUCACGGGCGGCAAGCACGUCCUCGCGUCGACCCAGGCCGUCCUCCAGCUGCUGCAGGGCGUUGGCGGAGGACCGAUGCGCCCGCUGGAGCUCCGUCUGGCCGACACCGGCGUCGACUGGGCCGAGCUGCUCCUCCCGAGCGCCCCCGGGCCCCACCGCGGCGCCCAGGGCCUCGCCGGGGCCAUGAGCAGACUCACGUACAGCCUGCACGCUCUCCAGAUCGGCCCCCUCGCGCCGAGGGCGGCGGCGGCGAGCAGCGCGGACGCCGCCGUGCUCGACAGGCUCCUGGACGCGCUGUCGCCCCUCGAGGCCCUCCGCGUGCUGUCCCUGGCCCGACUGAGUCAGCAUGCCGUGUCAGGGCUGCACCAGCGCGCACGGGCGCGGAGGCUGACGCUCGGGAGCUGCUUCGACGCAUUCGACGGGGACCAGGUGCCCUUUCCUGCGCGCCUCGAGACCGCGGAGAGCGCGCGGAUCGGCACCCUGCACAACGUCGUGCGCGCAGAUGACAGCGGAGCGGAGGAGACGCCGCGGACGCCCGGCGCCGAGGCCGACGCGGUGCUGCAACAGGCAGUGGAGCGGUACGCGCACCUGCAGGGCGACAGCGGCGACGUGCGUGACGUGCCGGCGGGCGGGACAAUCCACGACAGCGCGCUGCCGACGCAGCCCCCCGGGACGCCCGUGCAGGCGUCGCAGGCGCCCGUGCGGUCCGAGCGCGCGACGCGCGUCCACGGCGCGGCGGCGCCGCAGGGGAUCCGCGCGGACGUGGGGGGUGUCGACGCAGAAGACCCCCUCCUGUGUUUGGCCGACCUGCUUGUCGCCGAGGCGUGCGCGAUGGACGACGAGGGGUCUGGGGACUCGCACGCGAUGACGAUCGAGGAUCAGGAGGCGCAGCUGCGGUCGAACCUCGAUCUGCAGAUGCGGCAGCUCACGGCGCGGCGGCGCGAGGCCGACCGCAUCCGGCGGCUCGAAGCCGACAACGCCAACCUCCGGCUGCAGCUCGCGAGCCGCAACGACCGCGAGCGGCCGGCCACGGCGUCUGUGGUGAACGCCGACGUGUUCCGGCUCGGCAGGAUGCUUCGCGAGCUGCAGGGCGUGCAGUUGCGCAUGCAGGCGCGCGCCCACCAGCAGGUGCUGGUCGGCGCGACGCCGACGCCGGCGAGCGCCGCGGCGCCCGGACGCGCGGCGUACGAGCGCUUCGCGGACGUGGUGGGCUGGGCGAUCGACGGGGCGGGUCCGGGGCCGGAGCGCGACCGUUUGGUGCGAUUGCGGGACGACGUGGCGACGUGGCAGCGGCGCGUGGGGGAGCUCGCGGACCCGUCGGUGCCGCGGCGGGCGGCGCAGAUGGGGCCGGAGGGGUUUGCGCGGAUCAUGGACGCGCAGCGCGGGCUGCGCGGCGCCCCGGCGACGGCGCGGAACCAGCGCGAGAUUGGCCGGCUGUUUGCGGAGGAGGAGGACGGGCGCGACGACACAGACAACAUGAGGAUGCCCCCGCCGCCGCCGCGGGCUCCCGCGGCGCGCGCGGGGCGCGGCACUCGCGCCCUGACGUUCGCGCAGGUGUUUGCGGGCGCGGGAGCGGCGGAGCGCGCGCACCGCGCGGGGGCGAGGUCACAGGGCGCGCGGCAGCGUGGCAGGGGCGCGGGGGCGGGCCGUGGCGGCGGUGGCGGUGGCGGACCCUCGAUGGGCGGCGAGGGGGGUCUGGCGGACUCAUUGCAGCGGCGGGAGGCGCGGGAGGCGCGGGAGGCCGGCCGUGCGCUGGGGAUGGAUGACGGAGGAGGGGUGCAGCGCAGGCGGCGGGGGGGUCCGCCCGUGCGGGUGGAGCGCCGGGACGGCGAGCGGCGCGCGGUGGAUCGAAGCUCGCCUGGGCGUGUCGUGGCCUUCGAGGACGGCGGCGGCGGUUUCGGGGAGGAGGGGGGGUUUGGCGAUGACUCAGGAGGAGGGUAUAACUCAUCGAGCUCGGACGACGGGUCGGACCUGGAGGACUUCGUGGUCGAGGACGGCCCCGUCACGAUGGUCGACCGCGCGCGCGGGCAGCGGUACCAGAUCGACCCGGACACCGGCCGCCGCGUGCGCACUGACCCCACCAACACCCCCCCCGCCGCUCACGAGGGCGACCGCUCCGGCAGCGAGUCGGACCGCAGCGAGCGAGCCCGCGCGGGGCACGAGCCCAGCGGCCCCCGUGCGGCGCCGCGCCGGUUCGACCCCCAGCGCGUGGAGCGGAACCCGUACGUGCGCAACGACGACACGCACGCGGACGUGCGCGGGGCGCCCUGCGACCCCGAGAAGGAGAGGGCCGCGACCGCGCGGUGCUCGGAGUGGAUCCGGAGCCCGGACGGCCGGGAGCAGCUCGGGCACGGGCGGCGGCAGUACACGAUCAAGACGCUCACGGAACAUAUGGUUUCGAGGUCUUACAAGAUGGCGCUGCCGAGGUCGUUCGGCGACGCGUUCGGCCACGACGCGCGCUCCACGCGGAUCGCGCUGCAGCAGAUGGUCCGCGACGACGCGACGGGCGAGUGGGUCGUCAGCGGCAGCUGGCAGGUGGUGUGGCUCAACGCCACCGACGAGCGCGGGCGCUCCGAGUACGCGCUCUCCGGCGGGUGGCUCUACGUCGCGCGCGACGCGUUCCUCUGCCGCGGCGACCGCGUCGUCUACGAGCGCUUCAGCGACGACCUCGUGCGCAUCUACGUGUUCCGCGCGGACCCCUCCCGCGAGGAGAUCGCCAUCGACCAGCUGGCGCGCGGGAGACAGUGGCACUUCCUCGCCCCGCACGCGCCCGCGGCGCCGCCCGCGCGCUCCGACGGGGCGGGGCCCUCGGAGACGGCGGGCGUCGCAGGCGGGGAGCGCGGCGGGGGCCAGGAACCGCGCGCACCAGUGCUGGCGGUGUCGUCGGAUGAGGACGACGACGAGCCGCGGAGGGUCGCGCAGGAGCAGAACGACGCGGGUCGGGACGAGGACGCGGGCGCGGGCGCGGACGAUGGUCUGGAGGAUCGGUUUCGGCAGAACCAGCACUUGCGGCGGGAGCUGGGGGGUUGGGACGUGUUCGAUUCGCGGACGCGGCGAUACGGGGAGGACGACCCGCGCGUGGCGCUCGGGCAGCAGGGGCGUGGCAUGUACGGGCUGGACCUGACGCUGCGGCGCGAGGAGCGGCGGCAGCGGCGCGCGGAGGGCGGGUAUGCGCGGCGGGGCUACGGCGAGAUGGCGCGGGGCGGGGGCUCGGACGACGAGGAUGACGACGAGUAUCACGGCGCGGAGGACUUCGGGCUCGCGCCGCACGUGCACGAGGCGGCAGGGGCGGCGCCGGCCGGGGGCGGCGGGGCGGAGAGCAGCAGUGACAGCGACGACGGCGUGGUGCUGCGGCAGCGGGUGCAGCAGCGGAUUCGGCGGACCGUGGGCCAGCGCUCGCGCCGGCAGCGCGAAGCGAUCCUGCUCAGCUCGGACGACGACGGCAACGACGACGACGACGACGAAGAAGCGGGCGGGCACGAUGGCGCAGGCGGCGACAGCGACGGCGGAGGCGACUCUGGCGGCAGCAGCGGCGACUCGGGCCCGCGGGGGCGCCGCGAGGACCUCGCGCCCCUGCCGGACAACGUGGUGGACACGCAGGACCUGCUGCAGGCCAUCACGGUGCUGGUGCAGGCGUUCGCGUGCUCUAGCACGGGGGCCGGGGGCGGGCGGUGCUCGUGCGGCGCGUGCACGGCGUGGCGGCGGCGCGCGGCGCAGAUCCGCAGCAACCACGGGCAGGGGGCGUACCUGGGCGACAAGUGGCGCGACCGCAAGCCGCCCAACCUGCGCCACCAGAUCUCCAAGACGUUCGUCGACGACCUGCCGUUCAAGCGCGCCUGCGACCUCGCCGUCGACCUCGGCGUGCCGGACAUCCUGCUCCCGACGAUGCAGCGCAUGUUGCUCGAGUCGGCGCAGGCGCGCGACGUGGUGUUCGCGAUCCAGUCGUACAACAACAACAGGCUGUCCGAGCAGCAGGUGCGCGCGUCGAUGACGCCCGCGGAGCAGGUGCACCACGACAGGUACGCGUCGCUCUGGGCGCACGCGUGGGACCAGCUUCCGGAGAUAGCGUCGCAGGAGGGCCUCCUGGCCGAGGCGCAACAGCAGCAGCAGCAGCAGCGCCUCGCUGCGAGGGCGGGCGACGCGGAGCACGACCAGGUGAUGCACGUGGACUCAGACAGCGACGACGCCGACGGUGCUAGGGACGACGGCGACGACGGCGACGGCGACAUGGUGCCUGUAGCCUUGCGCACGGAGGGCGCGCAGGCGGACCGUCCGGACGAGCCAGCGCCUGUGUUGGAGACUGUCGAUGAUGAGGUGGGCCUGGCGCAGGCGGAGCAGGACGGCGAAAUGCCCGUGGACGUGCCUGCUACGGACACGCGCGCUAACACCCCCCCGGAGGUCGGUGAGACCGCUGCUGGCAGCCCGCAGGCGCCGCUGCCUGCUGUCGAGGAACGCCCAGACGAGGGCGACCGCGGCGCGGAGCCAGCGCCGAAGCGGCAGCGGCGCGGCGCUGGGCCAACCGCCGCACACUCCCCCGGGAGCAUGGAUGCGCCCCCCGCACCACGCGAGCGUUCGGGGGACGUCGACGACGACCGGGGCGGCGUGCUGUCGGCGCCGAGCGGCGGCGGGUCCCCACACUCGGAGUCUCCCGGCACGCAGGGCGACGGGGAGGGUCCUGGGGUGGGGGACGCGGGUGGUCGGAGGCGGCGGCGGGCUGCGAUGGCGGCGGACUUGCGCAUGGCCGGGGUGCCGGAGAGGUGGGUGCGGCAGGACGCGCGGGUGCGUGGGCGGCUGGGCGAGGACCAGGGGGAAAGGGAGUGA